CAGCGGAAUGAAGUGGCCUGAAUUGAAAUAUUUUUUCUUCUUAUGGCGCAAAUAUUUCCAUUUUUAGGUAAAGCAUGUAACUUUACAGCCUUAAAGACAGAAACUUCUGGAUCUCUCUGGUGCGCUGCUGUAACGUUAGAUGCCGCAGGCAGUCAGCGGGCGUCAUCGUGUUUCUGUUGUUGUGACGGAGCAAACCAAGACAAGCGGCCAAUGAGUCAGCAGCUGAUAGGGGGCAAUUUUACCUAACGAACCUAUAUAUAACGAUACCAGCCCUGGCUGAAACAUCUGCCCAAGAGGUCUGCUAGUUCUUUUACUUAGUCGUUUUUUAGAGGUAUCGUUAACAAUGGCAGUUCCAGUAGCUGCAUUACAGCUGAGCACAUCAUCCAGCCCUGUUCUGCUGGAGCACAACAUUCACAUCAGCGAUUUGGCUGGGAUUUCAAGUAAUAAUGAAAGCGACACUCUGCCUUUACAUUCUUCGUGGACUUUCUGGCUUGACAGAUCUCUACCAGGAACAACAGCAGCUGAAUGUGAGUCAAACCUGAAGAAAAUCUACACCGUGGAGACCGUCCAGAACUUUUGGAGAGUUUACAACAACAUACCUGGCGUGUCCAGCUUGCCCCUGAGAUGUAGCUAUCAUAUGAUGAGAGGAGAAAGAAAACCACUCUGGGAAGAAGAAAGCAAUGCCAAAGGGGGUGUUUGGAAAAUGAAAGUACCAAAAGAAUGCACUUCUGUUGUGUGGAAGGAGCUGCUAUUGGCUACUAUUGGAGAACAGUUCAGUGAUUAUUGUGCCUCAGAUGAUGAAGUAGUUGGGGUCAGUGUCAGUGUAAGGGACAGAGAAGACGUCUUUCAGGUCUGGAACGGAAAUGCUUCUUGUGCUAACGAGUCCAACAUCUUGGGGAGGAUCUACGAGCUCCUUCCAGAAAUACCUUUUAAAGCGGUGUUUUAUAAGCCACACGAGGAGCACCAUGCUUUUGAAGGAGGUCGGUCAAGACCAUAGUACAUUGUUAACAUCAGAACCCUUGAACUAUACAUGUUUCUUUGCUUAUGAACAUGUUUUGAAGAUAUUUCGGUACAUUUUGAAGCAGUUGAGUUCAUAUUUGCUUAAUGUGUCAUGUUAAUUACCUCAUAAUGUAGCCCAUGUUUUAUUACUCUCAAUCGAUGGCAUUCCCCAUCUUCUGAGCACUACUGUCAUUUAUAAAAACAUCCAAAAUACUUUUUAAUUUAGUGGACGGCAAACAUCGUUUUAGUUUAAUUUUAUCUAUUGCAGUGUUUGUAUGUUUUUAUACUGCAAAGUUUUGCGAAGCCAAAAACGGCAGAUCAUGUCAGAUUUUUUAAAUGUAUUAUGGCACAUUUUGUGCAGUUUCCUGAGCACAGACAAGGCUAGGUCUUUGAAUUAAAUCUCAUUUUUGAAAUCUAAGAUGAGGCCUAGUUCCACAAAGCAAACCUUUAUCUUAACAACACAUUACAAGGCUUUUCUAGUCCGCUCUUUUCUCUGUUUUGUAUGUUACAGCCAAAAUACUGUUGCCUAUACCAGAGAACAUAGAUGUUUAGUAUGCUGUAAUGCUGAUAUAUGAGCUGAAAAUUGCACAUUCUUUUUUUAUUUUCUUCUUUAGGAUAGGAGUGGAUUGUGAAAGGAAUAUGUUUUUGUUACAAUAAAAUGACCUCGGUACAGAAAACAUCAUGACACUGAGACAUAAUAUGCAAUAUUUUUUAUUCUGUAGAAUUUGCAGUGUUGUGAUUGUCAUAUUGUUUAAGAAUCUGUCACGCAUCAAGCACUUUGUUUCUCACUGUGUGUGUGUAAGACAUCAGACAAGUCCCUUCAGGCCAUAUGGAGUUGUGUCCACUUUGGUUUUGUUUCACCUUUUCUCAUGAAGUGUAAAACUAUUUUUGUUCAAUUUGCUAUGGAUUUCUUGUAGUUCUUCCUUCUUUUAGUAGUAAGUGUUGAAAUUAUAUGUUUUUUAUUCACCUGUGUUAAAACUACAUUUGUGAAACCUAUCCUUUAUAGAUAAUAUUGGCCCCAGUGUUUAUAGAGAAUAAACAAAUAAUGGAGCGAAAUACACAAAAAAGAAAAUAUAACUUUGGUGACUGAUUUGGGCCUAUUUUAGCGUUAUUUGUACAAAUCACGGGUGUUUGAAGUGAUGCAACCACGGCUGCAGGGUCAAAUCUGUUUGUUUACAACUGCUGCACCCAAACAAUUUCAGUGUUUCUCAGAUCUCUAGGUUUAAAGUUUUUUAUUAUUUUUUCUGUAUUAUCUGAUGUGAAAUGCUGUAUUUGUAUAAUUGAAAAUCCUAAUCAUGUUAGGGAAAUGUUACAGUUUAGGAAGCUGCACCAUUAUACAUCUCACCAAAGGCACCUUUCCCGCGUGUUUGUGUGUGACAGAGCGUAUGAGUGAGGGCAUGAGAUUUACUAUUCGAAACUGCAUAGAGGAGGACAGAUUUUUUUCAGUACUAGUACUAUUUUGAGGUAAUUUCUACGUAGCUAUGGAGUAUGCAUGGACACCCAUUGAAAGACUGCUGCUAUGAUUUCUCAAUCAAGUCAAAUGUUUUCAACAAAGUGUUUUUGACAAAGUGUUUAUGACGCUAGUGUCUUGGCUUGGAUUCUCUGCUAAAGAAUAUUCACAGGAGGACAUAGUUUUCAGUCCACCGACUUUGCCAAACUUUAUUUUCUCUCUAUUCAUCUUCAUGUAAUAAUGUUAUAAGCACAUGCUGUACUGUAGGAUAAGCAAAUAACAAUACCCUUGCACAUAUACAGUUGACAACUCACUUCAGAUCUCCGACCUUGUAAGUGAUUGUUGAUCUUGGAUGGUGCCUUGUGUUUACCAGCAGUUUAGAAUGUCAUCUGUGUCCAGCAUGUUAGAAUUGUACAAAGUCGUGUUUCUUUAUUAGUUUUACACGUGUUUGAGAAAUAAAGAUACCUAAACUUUCA